GUCAUAAAUCAAUUCAGUUUGGUGCAGAAUUCUCAGCGCUGAACCUUGAGCGUCAGAAUCAGAUGUGUUGUUUCGUCUCGAUCAAAUCUGGACAAUCAGAUUUAAAUAUAACAAGGCCUUUACAGCCCAUUUAGGAAACAUUGACCAGAACUGACCACCGAGGCUUCAUGAUAGGAUCUCCAACCCGUUACCAUGGCGAUGUGUGAAAGACCAGUAGACACUCUUGCAGUCAGUCAUCAACCCCCCCACAGACACGGCCAGACUCUGGACACAGUGACCGUUCUACUGGAGGAUGUACAGGGUCACCGUGAGGUUGAAGGUCAGGGUCAGGGGGUUGAGGUUAUCUCUGUAGUGCAGUGUUGUGAUGGCCUGAGCCCCAUGUCCACAUCACCUCCCCUGGGGGAAUCAGGAGACCCAGAGCCCAUGAACAGUGGAUCUACUCAGGCUCAAACCACAACAAACAGAGAUCUAGAUGAGGUGGACAUGGACCAUAGGCCUCCCUGUGAAGCAGAUCCCAUAGAGAGUGGACUAACCCUGGGUCAGACGUGGGACACGUAUGAGGUGGACCAAACCUCCACGAUGAGCUGUGAUACUGAGGUGGAGCUUGGGACGGGGACUGAGACUACUCCACACAUACCGGUGUGUCCUACAGAGUCUGGUCUGGUCACAGAGGUGAAUGGACGCUCUGGGAAACAACGUGUUAGAGAGCCUGUAGAGGAGAGGGAGAGGCCUAAGGAGACCCCUUCUCCACCCUCCUCUCCAGUCUCCUCUCCGCCCCUCUCUCCUGGCCAGACUCUGGGACAUGUUGCCCUUGAUACCCCCCAGGAAAGGUGUCUAGAUGCCCCAGGGCCAGGCAAGGGUAGUUCCAUGGACCUGUUCUGUAUUGUAAAACACAAACCCAGCGCUAUCGUGUUCUCCGGAGACGACAACAUCGACAACGUCAGCCCACCGAGAGUCUUCGUCACCCAGAGCCUCGAUGGAGAGGAGUCUCUCUCGGGCGAUGAGGAUGAGGGUGGCGAUGAUGUGGAGGAGGAAGAGGAGGAAGAGAUCCCUGAACUGCCGCAGUAUAAGGAGUUCCUAGUCAGCCGUCGCCGUAGAAACGUGAGCAGGAACAGGAAGAGGCAGAGGAAAGGACAGGAACUCCCGCCCACUGGCUCUCUGAUUGACCUGGGCUCCACCAAUAAGACCAGGUUAAAGGCCAAGGAGGAAGAAGAGGAGGAGGAGGAGGAGGAAGAAGAGGCUGAAAGGAGACGGGCACGGUCCCCGUGGUGUGAUUCUAUGAGUCAGCUGAUGAGGAAGUUGGAUCAGCUCAAUCUGGACAUACAGGAAGCACUCAGCGCUGCUAGCUCCUCCCACUCUGACAACGACCAACCAGAAACACAACAACCAGAACUGAGUGCUCCUGCACUGGGAAGGAUGAUAAGCAGAGGCCUGGUCCACGACCACAAUACCUCCAGGUCUUCUAACAGACCCCCAGAGAGCAGCGCGUCCAGCUCCAGACAACGUUCUCGUCCCCUGGCCCGCAGCAGACCCCUGAUCCGUUCCUCCCUACACUCCCCCUCACACCUCCACUACAGACGGAGAACCACACAGGCGUCAUGGCGACCACAGGGAGUUAUCGUGGCGACAGGGUGA